AUGAAAGAGGAGGCAGUGCGUGGUCCAGUUGGUUUAUUUGAUGAAGAUGAUGACAAUGACAAGUUGCGGGCUUAUGAACUAGAGAGAUUAUGGUACUAUGUUGCAGUGGUGGUAUGUGAUUCAGUUGCCACGGCUGAUUACCUUUAUAAAAGCUGUGAUGGUAUCGAGUUUGAAAGGUCAUCAAAUAUGCUGGAUUUGAGGUUUAUCCAAGACUCUAUGGAGUUUAAACAUCCUCCACGUGAUGUUGCCACCAGGGCUCCAGCAAAUUAUGAAGGUAUAGAUUUUCAAACUAGAGCUUUGCAACUCAGUAAAGUUGAUCUUACUUGGGAUGAGAAUGAACCCAGGCGUUCCAAGAAGCUUAAAAGGAAAAUUAAUGUCCACCAGGAGUCGGAGUAUGUUAAGGAUGAAGAAGAAUUAAAGGAAUUCAUUGCUUCAAGUGAAAGUGAAAGUGAUGAAGAUGAUGAAAACCACGGAAAAAGACAAAAAACGGACACAUACCGUGCUCUACUCCAAUCCCAAUCUGGAGACGAAUAUGAAUAUGAAUAUGAAUACGAAUACGAAGAUGGAAUGGAAAUGGAAAUGGAAGUCACUUUCAACACCGGAUUAGAAGCUCUCAGCAAAAAAAUCCUAGAAAAAAAAAAGACAAAAAAGAAUCCGAAACAGUUUGGGACACAUCUCUCCGCAAGAAAAAAGAAAAAAAGAAAGCUAGAAAAAAGAAAUCCAUGGAUUCCGGUAUAAAACAAGAAAUGGGAUUGGAUAAAGAUAAAGAAGGUGAAGCGAGUAAAGCAGAACUUGAAUUAUUACCUGGUGAUGAUGAGGGUAAUGUGAGAGGGUAUAAUUUGAAAAGGAAAAGGAGUAAAAAAGAAGGUAUUAGUAUUACUAUUGAUGAGGAGAAGAUACUGGCUGUUGAUCCGCGGUUUUCAUCUCUUUUUACCCGACCCGAUUACGCUUUGGACCCUACCGAUCCUCAAUUCAAAAGGGUGUGGCUUAUGUGCGCCAGGUUGCACACAAACAAACAACAGCAUAAGGGUGAUUUGGGGGGACAAUAACAUGAACAAACUCAGGCUUCAGUGGAUAAAAUCGAUCCAAAGCAUGAGAUUUCAAUGCUUCUCAAAAUGAAAUCAAAACAACUCUCGUUGCCUUCUCAUCCUGGAGGAAAGGAAAAUAAUAGCACAAAUGAUCUCAGAAUUAUAUGCAGUAUACACAACUUCUUGGAUCUGACUUAGUUAACAAGUUAGGACUCCAGUUGGAUCCCAUUGCUACUCAAACAGCAGUAACAGUAAUAGAUGGGAAUCAGUAGAAAUUUCAACAAUUCUGGUUAUCCAAGAUGAUGGGCUUUGAUUAUGAAAUUCAUUACAAAAAUGUGGCCGCGGAUGCUUUAUCAAGGCUAAAAUUGGACAGUGACAUUUUCACAAUUCCACUCCACCAUUCCUUACUUCUAAUGCUCCUCAUGUUCGAAGAAGAUGACAUUUUCAGGGAUCAAUGGCUCGUAUAAGAUGAAAAAAAUAACACUUCUCGAACCAACAUGUGAGCAAUAAAACACUAAGGAGUAUGUUUGUACAAGAAGAAGAAGAAGAAGAAGAAAGGAUAUGUCGUACAAGAAGAAAAAGAGGAAGAAGAAGACAGAGGGUGUUUGGGAUUGCUUUUAAAACAAUUUUGUCUUUUAACUUUUUCAAAAAGUUUAAAAAAGGGUAAAAAAGAACUUUUAAAAUAACUUUUUGUGUAGAAGUAAAAUUUAUUUUUUCAAAAGUUAUAAAAUCCUAUCUUUUUGUGACUUUUGAAACUUUUUAACUUGAAAAAUUAACUUUUACCCUAAAAACAAAUACAAACACAUUUUAAAGAUUUUCUUUUGGAAAAAGUCACUAGCCAAAAAAUCAUUUUACAAAAAGGACUUUUAGCCUUAAAAAGUAAACCCCAAACACCCAUGAAAACGAUUUUAGGGUUUAAGAUUCUCUGAUGACAAUCGAUUGACGAGGAUAGGUUAUAAGCUUAUAACCGGUUACUCUCACAAAAUAAUAAGUAAUUGCAAAAAUUGUGGUCUUUUUGGAAAAAAAAACUAAAGUAUUGGUUUAAAACGGAAAAAAGGUAAAUAUAGGG